AUGGACCAUCCAAUCCGGGAGCUGACCGCCUUUCUCGGCCUUCUCAUUUGUGGAUGCUCUUUAGAAGGCCCUGUCUUGUUCGGUCGAGUCCAAGUCUCAAAGAAGAACACGAGGCAAGAUGAGAUCCAACAUCGCUCUCGCCAGAGUCGGCAACCUGUUGCCAAAGUAGCAAACACUACGGGACCUAAUUCGACGGGGCUUGAACUUUCACCCAGCAUGGGUCUUUGGAGAACCAACAGCAAUGAAGAUCAUUCCCAGAAAACGAUCAGGCUGAUUGCCAUAUUUGAUGCCAUUCAACGGGGGCUCCAGCGGUUGACUAGUCAUGUUCCGCUCAUGGACAUCCAUCAUGCAACCAUGAAGCGAGGCUCCUCACAUGGGAUGAUCGGAUGA